GUAAUUGUUUUCUCUGCUAGGGGUUGCUGACGUUUUUCUUUUCCCGCCGCCCUCAAUUCGUAAGCCAAGAAGAGGAAUGACAACUAAUACCAUCUAUGGGAAAUGUAACGUCGAAAGCUUUAAACUACCGGUUGAGUGGAACAGGAAAUAGGCAGAUCGGCACAUUAAACCGUCCCAUCAACCCACGCGAUGACUCUGCGAGAACACCGGUCCUACUGUUUCUAAUUAAUAAUUUACACCGUCCAAUUUGAAGGCUGUUCAUCGUUUUUUCCAAGGACACCUGAGGUGCAGAGCCAUCCUACUAUUAGACGGCAUAUCGAAGCUGGGGUCUGUAGUACCAUCUGUCUACACUGCAAACUGGGCGCCCAGACUCAACCAUCCAAGCCAGGAGAUACCGCCACAAUGUCCGAACACAAGUGCGCGUUUACCGUGUCUUCUCUUCAGUUAUGCAGGCUCAUGCGACCGGACGAUGCAAACAUCUUCGGCAGCGUGCACGGCGGCACGAUCCUGAGGAUGAUCGAGGAAGCUGGGGGCAUCAUCAGCACGCGCCACUGCAACACGCAGGAUGGGGACCGCUGCGUUGCCGUGCUGGGGCGGGUGGAGAAGACGGAGUUCCUGUCGCCGAUGUUCAUCGGAGAGGUGGCCCACGUGUGUGCAGAGAUCACCUACACCUCCGAGCAUUCGGUGGAGGUCCAGGUCCACGUCAUGUCCGAGAACGUCCUCACAGGUUCCAAGAAGCUGACAAACAAGGCGGCCCUGUGGUACGUUCCCUGCUCCCUGAAGAACGUGGAUAAGAUCCUGGACGUCCCGCCCAUCAAGUACACCAGCCCGGAGCAGGAGGAGGCGGGUAGGAAGAGACAUGAGGUCCAGAGGACGGUCAGGCAGAACACCACGGAGCGCAACGAGGAGGUCCCCCCGCCAGCCUCCAAGCCAGAGAGACCAAUGAAGGAGAUCCACACUGUUGGAUUCAGCCAAUCCAGCCUGAUCCAUCUGGUGGGACCUAACGACUGCAUGAUGAACGACUUCGUCCACGGAGGUGUGACCAUGAAGCUGAUGGAUGAGGUGGCGGGCAUCGUGGGCGCCAGACACUGCAACACGCGCAUCGUCACAGCCUGCGUGGACGCCAUCAACUUCCACCGCAAGAUAAAGAAAGGCUCCCUGCUGAAGGUGCAGGGCCGCAUGGCCUUCACCAGCCCCCGAUCCAUGGAGAUCCAGGUGAUCGUGGACGUGGAGCCCCUCAUCGAGGCCGACAAGGCCACGUACCGGGCCGUCUCCGCCUUCUUCACCUUCAUCUCCCUGGACAAGGACAACCGGCCCCUCCCCGUGCCCCUCCUCAAGGUGGAAGGAGAGGAGGAGCAGAGGAGGUUCGACGAGGGGAAGGAGCGCUACCUCCAGAACAAGGCCAGGAGAAUCGCCGACAGCCAAGUCACGGCGUGACACUGUAGGCGGGGGCCCCCAGGGGCCAACGCACGCACAUCUGAAGAAAGAAAAAAGCGAUGCUUUUAAAGGUUUAAAGCUUUAUUUAAAUGAUGUAGCUUGAUGUAGCUUUUUCAUCAUUCCACUGCUUUUUAUUGAAGGCCGCAUACCAAAGUGUCUAGCAACAUAUAUUUAUGUAACGGGAAUAAAAAUAAAUAUAUAAUUUAAUUUUGUAACUUUUAAAGUAUGAAGACUGUGGAUGAUUCCGGUCAAGGGGAUGGUCGGACUGGGAAAUAAAUGAGAAACAACAACUACUUCUAACGUUUAUUUGUAUGAUGACGAAAGACAUGUGAGGUAUAAAAACAGCUUGAAAUUCCA